AUUAACGUGUCAUUACGAGUUGUUGUGCAGCAAAGUGUGUGUGCGUGCGUUAAAGUUCCUGACGUGACCAUGGCGCAGACGAGACGCGCGCCGCGGAAUAAAUCCCAGUUACCCCCCUGUUACUACGAGGGAUUUCUGGAAAAGAGGUCGUUUAAAGAUAAAAUUAGUCGCAAGUUUUGGACUUCUUUGUGUGGACGCUGUCUAUUCUUCUACAACAACGGCAAGGACAAUAAUUAUGUGGAAAAGCUGGACCUAUCAAACUUCAUCUCCCUGACUGACGACUGCAGUCACGAUCGCAAACUGGACGCAGCAAGAUUCCAUCUGCGCUUACAAGACGAUGACAUCUACCUGACGGCUCCAAGUCUAGAAGCUCGUGAGCUGUGGAAAGGCUUCAUCUUCUCUGUAGUUAAGCUGGAAGUGCCCAUGUCUCUCAACCUGCUGCCUGGUCAGAUUCACAUGCUGAGGGAAGCUGUGGACAAAGAGAUCGAGAGGCUCAGAGAAAUUCACGAAAAAUCUGCGUCUGCACAAGCUUCUAUAACAGUAGCUACGACAGAACCAGACAAUUACCUGCCCGUAGUGUUCGAAAUGCCAGCGUGUUUUCAAAGAACGUUGCGAGAAGACGCUGAGAUCCUUUUGGAAAAACACAAAGAUAAAGGAAACUUGCUGCUCAGACCCGGCAGAGACGGAAACUCUUUUGCUGUUACUACGAGGCAGGAGUUUGACGGGCCGGUUUUCCGACAUUACCGAGUGACACGGGUCCCUACCGGAGGAUUUUCCAUCGCUCUCGACAAUCCAAUUUCUUGCACCUCACUGCAUGAUGUGAUAAACUAUCUGAUGGAGAAGACAGGAGGAGCUUUCAAGCCCUUGAUUCUAGAGCACACAUACGAAGAAAGCAUUGUGUAUGUAGAAGACAAUAAGGAGAAUGGAGAGAAGAGUGUAUGCUGUGCAUCCAGCAGCCCUGUGACCCCCAAAGUCCCCCCCAAACCAGCUCCAAGGAAGAAAUGUUCUGAUCCAAAAGAGAACAUCUACCUGAACUCCUCAGAUGAGGAUGAUGAUGAGAAAGAAGCAUACGUCUCGCCUAUUGUCUCGUCUCAGGCCCCAGUGAGAACUUUGCCACAUCAGACGUCCAUGCCUGACCUACAGAUAGGUCCGGGCGGAGCUUUGCUUCCACCAUCGACACGCCCACGCAGUGCCACAGUGACCAUGGAAACAAAGCCGAAACGGUCGACCCCACCGAAGGCUGUCCCCGAAGGUCUUUCUAUGAGUUUUGAUGAAGAGCUAAGGCAGAAAUUACUGAGGAGAUGUGUUCUUUGUGAAAAGUGACCUUUGACCCCUGGCCAACCAGCAAAUAUGAAGGAGCCAUUUAGUGAAAAUGUCUGCAGAAUUGAGCCAAGAAUGUACGAUUGUUGGAGACUAAUGAGCUGUGUGUGUGUGUGUGUGUGUGUGUGUGUGUGUGUGUGUGAGAGUGUGCGUGUUGUCCAGCUGGCUGGAUGCUCUGAAGCAUCUUGAAGAUUGACAGUUCAUUGAUCCCACAGUUUAGUUUUUUUUAUUUUCUUUGGACCAGUACUCAGUGUAAAUCAGGUAAAAGUGUCUCCUUGCCACAUUACCGUCUAUGUUUAACAUCUGUUCUGACAGUAAAUCAGUGUAUAGCAUUUUAUUUGCUAAUCAAAAUCUUCUGUAUAGCAUUAUUGCUAACCUUUUUCCUCCUCUCCUGUGUUAUGUCUUCUUUAUAACCGAGUGUAUUCUUAACAGUAUUCUACUUUCGAGUAAAUAAGCGACGUACGUGGCUUCAGUGACUAAUCCACAUUUGUUUGUAUUUGUAAUAGAUGGUGUACAUUUAGCACAAUAAAGUCUAUCAUUUUUCAAACUGAAAGAA